AUGAUUGACACAGUUAAAGAGCUCACCCAGCAGAAACAGCGCCGACUGACGUGCAUUGACGAUGCCGAUGGCAACCUUCUGGCAGAGAAACCUGACAUCACAAAGAGAUGGCAUGAGUACUGCUCUGAGUUGUACAAUUACCAAAUUACAGCCGAGCAGGAGGUUCUCCAAGAGCUCAAGGACAAGACGACAGAACAGGUUGAUCCAGACCCCGAAAUCCUGGAGAGCGAAGUCGAAGCAGCUCUGAAGAGUCUGAAGCUUGGCAAGUCACCGGGAAUUGAUAACAUCCCUACAGAGCUCCUUGCAAGCGGUGGAGAAACGGUGAUCAAGGCAUAUACUAGGAUAAGCAACCAAGUGUUUAGGACCGGGAAUUGGCCUAAGGACUGA